UGUGUUUGGAAGAAGGUAACAGCUGCUAAAGAUCGGAAGGUGAAGAGAGUUUUCGUUGAAAAUGCUGAACAUCAGGACAUUCCUGCUCCAGUUCUGUUUGAGCCUUGUGGUUUCUAGCGGCUCCUGCAAGCCCUUAAUCAGUGAUGUUCAAACAGAAGACAAUGAGGGACUUUACUCUCAGCUGACACAAGAGGAAGACACAAAAAACAGGAUGGCAAAUCUUUUGGGGACAAUGAAAGAGGACUUUUUGCGGAAACUCAACCUGUCAGAUGUUCCUCAAGAGGAAAACAAGAUCACUCCUCCUCAGUUUAUGAUGGAGCUCUACAACAAGUAUGCCUCGGACAGCUCAGUCAUCCCUCAGUCUGAUGUGAUAAGGAGCUUCACAGUGCAAGAUAUAUCACUGAGAGGGAUUAAUGGUACCAAGCACAAACAAAGGCUGAUGUUCAACAUCACCAUCCCCAGCUAUGAAAAGAUCACAGCAGCUGAAUUACAGCUCUUUUUUCAGGCACAGACAAGGUCAAAAGACUGUUUCCAUGGCACUGUUAAAGUCUAUGAACUGGACACUACACAACUUCUGGUGGGUAAAGAGGUGACCUGUUUGCACAGCAAGUGGGAAACAUUUGAUAUCACUACAUUUAUUAAAAGCUGGAUUAGGUCAGGCAAUGAGGUCUGUGGGUUUGAUGUGGUGGUGGACACAAAAGACUGUAAGACUUCUGACAAUCAUAAAAAUACAGAUGGAUGUUUCAGUAUGUCACUUAGUGACAGCACUUCUGCAGCUUUGAUAGUCUUUUCAGAUGACCUUGGAAGCAGAAGAAGAGAGGCAAAGAAAGAACUGAAAGAGAUGAUCAUUCAUGAGGAGGAAAGCAUCCUCCAUUCUGACACUGUUGUAGAAGAAAAUAAAUUAUCCAAUGAAAUUAUUGAGGCUCACCAUCCAAGAAGGAAAAAACGAAAGGCGGAGAGGGAGUACUGUCGUCGCACCUCACUCAAAGUCAACUUUAAAGAAAUUGGAUGGGACAGUUGGAUUGUUGCUCCUCCAGAAUAUGAUGCAUUUGAAUGUCGGGGUCUGUGCUACCAUCCUCUGACAGAUGAGUCAUCCCCAUCUAAGCACGCACUAAUCCAAGCAAUAAUGAACAUCAGGAACCCUAAAAAGGCCAAUAUGGCAUGUUGUGUUCCUAUUAAACUGGACCCAAUCACAGUUAUGUAUCAGGAGAAUGGACGCCUCACUAUAAGGUAUUUGUAUGAAGAAAUGAAGGUGGCAGAGUGUGGCUGCAGAUAGUUUCAAAGAGAGUUAAC